ACAGUUUCUGAAUCUUCAACCGAGAACACGGAGAAAUUAAAAGAAAAAAUCAAAGAAUUGGAACAUGGUAUACUCGAAAGCAAAUCAAAUUACAAUAAUUUUGUAAUUUUGCUUGAAUGCACGGAGCACAAGUCUCCAAAGGUCAUACACGCUGCCAUACACGCUCUUUAUAGGUCAUUUUUGCCUCUUCUAGCUAGAGGAGAGCUACAAAAACCAAAAGGACCAACAGGAAAUGAUGAUAAGGUCACCAUAGUUAUUUGGCUUAGAGAAAAUUACAUUCGAUAUGUUAAUAAACUAUGCUCUUUGCUUCGACAUGAGGAACCCGGUUUACAGGUUCCUUCACUGAACAUCCUCUUAGAGCUCCUUAAAGUGGAAUCAUCUUAUCUCUCCACCUCUUCAGGGGUUCACCACUUUUCAAAUAAUCAUUUUUAUCGAGUGGUAGAAGGCCUAAUUGAUAAUGAAAAUUUCAGCGAACAGCUGAAAACAGAAUUCGUUAAAAAAUAUUUUAAUAUUUAUGAUGAUCUGAGAUUUUACUUUCUCAAAGAUGCUUCUAAAAUAAUAAAUUUAGCUAUGGAUAGUGGGAAACCGAAGGAUAAGUCUGGGCCUAUUUCCAAGAAAAAACGGACAGAAGAGAUACCUGAUGUUAGGCUAAACAAUUUAAUGGAAAAUACUUUUGCCAUACUUGAAAAGUUGCAAACCAUGCCAACC